CAAACAAAAAAAAAAAAAAAAAAAAAACCACCCUCUGACAGAGUCGGAAUACAACCUGACACCCUGUCAGUUCAGGUGGUGGUAGCAGUUCAGAUGAAGUGGUCUUGUUGAAGCAGUGAUCCUGCAGAAAGGUUUAGUAGCUCUUGUCCUCUGGUAAUCCAGUGGGUGAGGCCUUCUGUGCUGUCCCAAAUCCCAGAUUAUAGCCAGGUGGGAAUGCUUGGCUCCUCCCCUGGGCAGAGCAUCUCACAAUGGGCUGAUCUCAUUCUAUGAGUCCUGCAGUGGGUCCUUGAUUGCCCAUUAAACAGAGAUGGCUUCCAGAGGGAGUUACCUGUGAGUCAUGGGUAAGGCCUUGAUGGCCCAGUAACAGAAGAUAGUCCAGAGGGAGAGGCAAGGGAAACACUGCCCCACCUGGUUCCAACAGCUCGUGAAGAUGGUGAUAGAAUACAUACUUUGGGCACAUCUGACAUUGUAACCUAGGACACCCAGUCCACCAGCUGCACUGUGGCAAAGCAUGACUGCCAGGGAAGUGAGUGUAUAUUGUCACCAUAAGGGUGAAGGGGGAGACAGAAGAUGCAUUGGGUGGAACUGGGGCCACAGGAAUUCUUAUUCUAGUCAUAGUCUUACUUUGGUUCCACUUCCACCAAUUGUGCCUACCUUUUGAGAAUGCAGGAAGAGAAAACUGUAUGAGGAAAAUUUAAAAGGGGACCUAGGAGAAACAUAGCUAUAGUAAUUGAGAUGGAUCAGUGCAAAUCUAAGUUCUAAUAAUCUGUUUUACUACAUGGCAAUAUGGAAUUUAAUUAGCUGAAAUGUUUUUUAAAUCUUGUUGCUGAAUAAUAUGUCAGUUGUGAAAAAAAGCAAAAGAAAAAGACCCUUUGAAUAGAAGCUACAGUGUUGUUUAGUAAUGACGGCAAGGCACAGGUAAAAGAAGAAAUAUAUCUGUUGGUAAGGGAACACAUUAGGUUGGUUUUUCUUGAAGGGAUUUCAAUAUUAAAAUUUCUCAUUUGGCUUUGUAAUACCUUUAGGUAUUAGUACAGAAUUUUAUAGUUUUAUGAUGGUGUGGGAGAGACUUAGUGACCUGCUUUUGUCAGCCAUGUAACUGCCAGCCUCAGAACUGGAGAGUUCAAGAGUCUUUGUUGUAAAAAGUUCGUGGGAUAGGUCUGGCAAAACGUAUUGUAACCUGUGUAUCCCUACAGUACUGUGUGGUGUGGAUAGUAUCAGCUGGCACCAGUUUGGAAUUCUCCACAUGUUAUAAGAAUUUUAAGUGGAUUUAAAAGGCUUUUUGUUUAUUUUUAUUCUUUUUAUUCUUAUUUAUUCAUUAAUUAACUGAAUGUAACUUGCACUUGUUAGGAGAAAAAAUAAUUUCCUGAUGGAUGCUCCAAAGCCUGAUUCUUUGCUGCUUAAAAUGAUGUUACUUCAGAGUCUAUAGAAAUUUUCCCCCUUGGAGAACCAAAUUAAAUGGGAUGAGAGUACAAGCAGUGAUAAUUUUAACUUUUUUUUUUUUUUUUUUUUUUUUUUUAAAUACAUGAAAAAAAACCACCCUUUUGUAAGUAGCUGAAAUCAGAAGUAGUUUUAAUGUAUUUUUUUAGACAGUGAAGUCUAUCUGACGGUUCCCAUCAGCUCACCAGCAGAUCAUUCCCCUGAGCUGGCAGUUGUUUGCCACAGUAGCUGCCACCAGAGAAGCUGAUUCUCUUUUUUUUAGCUGCUGAAGAGCUACUAAUGGGAUAAUGAGCAGUUUGCACUUCUCAUUAGCACUUAUUCAUCAUAGACAGGGCAUACAAAGUAUCUGUAGUUAAAGUAUUAAGUAACCACUUUUGUGCUGUUUGUUCUGUGUUUUAUUUCUGAAGUGUCUAGACUUUUAUAUUGGUUUUUGAUAAAUUGUGGUUCAAGCCCUGCUUAUUUGAAUUAAAUAAUUAUGCAAACUCAUGGUAUCACUUCUACAUUGUAAAAUAAAGGGAUUAUUUUGUGUAAGUCUUUGUUUCUCCUCCAGAAAACAACUUUUUUGAGCUGUUCUUCUCGGGCUCCCUUUUUGUGAUAUAGCUAUGAAAAUAUUAGUCUGCCCUCUGCAUAACCUUGAGGAAUUUGGUUUACUUAUAAUGAUGUUAAAAACUGUUUUGUAGUCAGUAUACCUGGAAAAAGAACAUUUUUAGCACUUUAAUGCUAAUGCCAAAUUGAAACCAUCUCGAGGCCUCUUAGCAAGGAAGAUGAAAUUUGCUACACCUGCUUGAAGGGUUUAAGGACUGGAAAAGGUUCCUCUCUAAUAAAGUAGAAAAGGAGGAGGGGAUGAAAGAUGGGACAAGCAUUUUAGGACAAGCCUAAGAGGUAGGUCUGCUCCAACCCAACUCAUCUAUCUGCCAGGAAACAAGGGGUGGAUGAGCACGGCAUGGCUGUUUCUCGCAGCUGUGUUCCUGAUCAAGCAGUAAACAUUACUCCAUACUUUUUGGCCCUUUCUUAUUGUGGCCAGUGCUAAACUAACCUGGGUUUUCAGGAAUUUGGAAUUCACCACUUAUCUCUCAUGCAGAAUUCAAUUAUAAAUGAAAAAUAAACAUGAUUCCAUUAUUUUUAUCUUCCCUUCUUUCUAUUGUCAGAAUACUUCUCCCUCAUAGGAUGCCUUCCUCUGGAGUUUGGGGUUUUUUUGGGGUUUUGGGGUUUUUUGUUUUGUUUUUGUUUUUUUUUUAAGAAUGUAGGAGGUUUGUUUUAGAAAGAAUUUAAGAUUUUUUUAUUUUAGGAAGAAUACUCCCAUAUCUAUUUGAAAGCAGGUUUUUACAAAGCUUAGUUACAGAAACUGCCUUUAUGAAUGUAUAUGUAAAAGACAUUUUUUAUAAACCCCUGGGUUUUUCUCAUGAGAUCUCAAGUAGAUUUGUCUUGACUUAUCUUACUUACUAAAUGUGGGAAGAUGAUGAGUGUUACUGACCAAACCAUGCUCUUUGCAUUAAUCUGUGUGUUGUGGUAGAUCUGAAAUGAGCUUCCAUCAGUUUCUGGAUCUGAUUCUCAGAUUCUCCAAUCAGCACUGUUUUUCUGAAACCAGCAGCGUCUUGCAGGUAGCUCUUGGCAGAGAACCCCCUCCCUCCCCUUUCACACUAUUCACAAAGGAAAAAGAACCAACACUUUUUUAAGAGGACCUAAUAAAUACUUGAGAUUGAAAUAGUUGAUUCUUCCAGCAUUAAUGAAAAGAUUGUUUCUUGCUAAUGAUGUUUGCAAGAUUGGUGCCUCAACUACACUGUUUAAAACAGAGCUUGCUCUUGUCUUUAUGAUCUGUUUAGCAGAACAGAGUAGAACAGAAUGUGAAGUGUGCCAGAGAUGUUUUGUACUUGCAAGAAUGUAAUGAAGUUAAUUAAAAAUAUGUAUAAAUUAAUCACAUGUACAAUCAUAUAAUAAUUUAUUCUGGAUAGCAUCUGUGGCAGUUAUCGAGCUUGAUCUGCCACUUAAAUCAGAGCCAACUCUGAACUUGUCUCAGUUUACUCACUGCAUUUUAUAAUCAAAUUCUGAAUACCUCCAAGGAUGGAUAUCCCACAGCCUGUCCGAGCAACCUGUUUGACCACUGUUAUUGUGAAGAAUAUUUUUCUUGCUCUGACAAAUAAGAUUUUUAACCCGAAGUGUGUCUUUAUAAAUUAAGAACUGAGGUUGUUCCUGCUUUCAUUCAAAAUGGUAAAAAAUGGGAAGCCAGAAGAAUUGUUGCUGUCUGGCCUCUGCCUCUCAGACAAUUUGGUGUGAGUAGUCCUGCUCAGAAGUGUCUCUUUGACAUAGCUCAUCCUAACAGGCUCACGAGCAACUCUGCCAUGGCAAACUGUAUGACAGCUGUACAUUGCCUAGAAAAGGAACUGAGCAAUUGUGCCUACUGUUGUAUGACGACACUCUGAGGCAAACAUUUUGAAAGAACUAUUCUGAAAGCAAAAUGCUGACUUCCAUGCUAUCUGUCUUGUAGGAGCCUGGCCCUGUUGAAUGGUCUGGGUGUUGAUUUUUUUAAUGUCUGGGUGACAAAAUGUCAAGACUUAUAAGUAAGCCUAUUUCUUGAAUUUAGAAAACUUCCACUUGUUGCCUGCACUGGUCUGUGACAAGCAGGGCAGUUCAGAAUGAGGCAGUUACAGAAAUGGCAUAGAUGGAGUCACAAAUGUAGGAUCUCUGGCAUACAAGAAAAGGAAGGAUUUUCAGAAUUCCAGUUUGGGACCUGGGUAUUUCUAUUUAUGCAUUGGAUGGGUGAUGUCCAAGAUUUUUGUGAAUUAUGGCUCUUAAUGCAUAGUCAUUAUUUUGGGGUAAUUUUAACGAUUUUUUUUUUUUUUUUAGUAUUAAAAGAAUUCCAAACCUGAGUUUUCACAUAAUUAAAUGCCAAUUCGAACAUCAUGUUUGCUUGAAUUCAUUGAGUGAUAGGUUGUCAGGCAGAGUUGCUGUAAGCACAACAAUAUGGCCACCCUUUAACUUUAUGUCAUCCAAAGGAACUUGAAUGAAUCAAAUGUCAGUGAAAAACAGUCUUUUCAAAAAAUAUUGAAUCUGAAAAAUAAAAAAAAUAAGGAAGAAAGAAAGAUAAGCUUAACUAUCUAAUCUUUGAAAUGUUUUAGUUAUCUAAUGCAAGAAAAAGACCCCUCUCCAAUUCUAAUGCAACCAGAUUCAUCACUUUCUAUUUACCACAUGCAAGCCAGAAUAACUGGCUGGUGCUGCAUGUUGUUCUUGCAGUGUUCUGUGCCUUUCAAAUCCCUGUCCGUGGGCCUCAAAAACAUACUGCUGUUAUAAUGCCCAGUAGAGGUUUUACCUCUAAGGAGCCUAACAAUAGCUUCUGUUCCAGAAGAGAAAUGGCUUGUUACAGGACAAAAGCCUUUUGUGAGGAGAAAAGUUGAGCAAACCAGUUUUGUGCUCAGUUGUCUUUGUUUCCAGGCGGGCAGCUAAUAAUGUGUGUUUGUCGGUUUACACUUCCGCGCUGUUCCAGAAAGGAGUGCUCCUGGGCAUGACUUGUUGGGGUUGCUCUUCAUGGCUCAUCAUCUGCGUGGCCUUCUGGGAAAAGAACUUUACAGCAAUUCUGUUUGAACUAACCCUUAUUGUGUCCGGGCCUAUAAAUAUAGGAUAUCUUUCUACUAGAUUUUUACUAGGCCAUCUCUAAUGGUGACCUGAACUAGAAUGAAGUGGACAUGAGCAAAAAGGAAGAUCUUACUGAGCAGAUCCCUUCUUCUGGAAAUCCAGAAAUUGGAGAGAGUGCAGAUUAUUCCUUUGUGGAAAAGAACACAUCUGAAAGUGACAAUGAUGAAGUUGAUGGCAACAAUAUAUGUGGUUUCAGAAAGAAAAAGGGAAUCAAAGGUCCUACAAAGUAUGUUCCUCCUUUAGAAAAUGAGAAGAUGGAGCUGUCCCACACCUCAAAACUCCCAGAUCCUUGUCCCCUUAAAGGAACCCCUGGUUGCUCAAAACUGCCAUCAGAGCAGUCUCACCAAAACCCCUCUGCCUUUCCUCCAGUACAAAAGGACAGAGGAGGUCACGACAGUUCCAGUUCUGGCAGCAAUGGCAAAGAAGACAGGUGUGGAGAAACUCAGGAAUAUGCUGAUACUGGGAAAAGAAUAUUAGGAGUAAUGCAUGAGGAAACAGAUACUGCAGCUCAGAAGAAGCUGCCCACAAGUGUGCAGCCUGCGAGGGGUGCAGAGAAAGGUGGCUGUGCCGAGGCAGUGCAGAGGGAGAAGGAUGAGCAGGCAAGGGGUCAGCCAGAAGAACGGGGUGGGAUGGAAGAAAAGGGUGUCAAGUUUCAUGUGACAAAGAUGGGCUCCCUGGGAAGUGCUGCAUCUGGGCCAGGGAGCUGUACUGCCGAGUCCUUCAAGGGAGCAGCUGGCAUUUCUAGACGAAGUCUACAAGAGUUGAAAAACCUGCUGAGUGAAGGCCAUCUGCCUUCUCAUGGGCCCAGUUUCUGUGGAAAGGCAAGUGGCCCUUUUGCUCAGAAAAAUAUGAAACCCUGGGAGAAAGCAGCUGACAAGCAGGGCUGGCCCUUUGAGACUCUCAGUCCCCAUUUUGGAGUGGAAAAGCAAAAGUAUCUCAGCUUCCACAAGGAGGGAAUGGGGCAGCAGAGCAAAACCGUCCUGGUCCUCAGCUCUGCCGGCUCUGACCAGCAGCAACCAGUGGGAAGCAAUGUGGAUCACCUUAUUCUGGGACUACCAGCAGCUCCUACACCUGCAGAAAGCACAGCUCCUGAGAUUCAGUUUGACUCCUCCACAGGCCUCGACGCGUUCAACAGAGACCCUGAUGUAAACGGCCUCGGAAACCCAACUCUCCUGUACCUGCUCUCUCAUAUUGAAUUCAUUAAGCAGCAGAUGGCCAGGGACAACGUGCAGUUUGUCAGAUUUGAAUCAGUAGACCUCCAUGGUGUGUCAAGAUCAAAGAAUGUCCCUUCUCGAUUUUUUCAAGAGAAAGCAAUUCAUGGUAUUGCCAUGCCCAGAAGUUACCUUGAACUGACGCUGAAUCCUAAAGAUAAUGAAUUAGAUUACAUAAAUGCAACCAAUUUCAAUUGUGACAUAAUUCUGAACCCUGAUUUAUCAACGUUUCGGAUACUGCCCUGGACUGAGCAGACUGCAAGAGUGAUAUGUGAUUCCUUCACCGUGCUGGGCACCCCACUAAUGACCUCCCCAAGGCACAUUGCCAAGAAACAGCUGAGCCAGCUUCAGGACAAUGGCUUUUCUUUGCACUCUGCAUUCACUUAUGAAUUUUGUAUUUAUGGCAUUACUGAGGUUGUAAAUUCAAAGACAAUAUCCUUUCCUGCAGCCACAAUACUAAAUAACCAUGACCAGACUUUUAUUCAGGAGCUCAUUGAAGGAAUGUAUUUUGCUGGUGCCAACAUUGAAAGCUUUUCUUCUUCCACUGGGCCUGGGCAAAUGGAGAUCACUUUUCAUCCAGCGUUUGGCCUGGAUGCAGCUGACAGCGCCUUCACGUUUAGGACAGGCCUUAAAGAGGUGGCUAAGAAGUAUAACUACGUGGCUAGCUUUUUCUCAGAGUCAGGAUUCUAUAAUUCUGGGGCUCUCUCACACAGCCUGUGGGAUCUGAAUGGCCAGAAGAAUUUGUUUUCUGCCGGUUACGGAGUAGAGGAGCUCCCAGAGGUUGGAAGGAAUUGGCUGUCAGGUCUCUUGGCACACACGGCAGCUAUCAGCUGCUUGAUGGCUCCCACCACCAAUUGCCGCAAGCCGUACUCUAAGUACAGUAAAGAGUCAAAAGAGACUGUAAAUGCAAGAUGGGCAUACAAUGAUAACAGCUGUGCCUUCAAUGUCAAAUGUCAUGGUGGAAAAGGCACUUACAUAGAGAAUAAAUUGAGUUCUGCUGCAGCAAACCCGUACCUGGUCCUUGCUGCUACUAUUGCUGCAGGACUAGACGGAGUAAAGAGAGGACUCAGCUAUGAUGAUAUGCUUGAAGAGGAAAAUCACACUGGUGAUCUGAAACAUUCAUCAAUCCCUCUGAAACUAGAAGAUGCUCUGGUUGCACUUGAGGAGGAUUCUUGCAUUAAGGAAGCACUAGGCGAAACUUUUAUCCGAUACUUUGUUGCCAUGAAGCAUUAUGAGUUAGAAACUGAAGAAAUGGACAGUGAAAGGAAUAAAUGCCUGGGAUAUUUUAUUUAGAAGGAACACUCUUCUGUAGUGGUGCUGUGUAAAUGCAUACAGUAAAUGGCUAAGAUUCUUGAAAUUAGUACAUAUAUUUAAAAAUGUUUUAAUGCUUUGAGAUUUUUGCCCCCUCCUUUGUAUGGUACAUGGUUAUUACACUUAAUUCUCCAUGUACAUUCAUGGCAGCACAAAGCUGAUAUGUUCAUGAAAUAAAACUAACAGGGUUUUAAAAAAACAGGUGGAAGGUUUUUUUGGCAGACCUGCUGGUGGAAAGAAGAAAAGAGAAGGCGAAAUGAAGAAGAGCAGCUACCCAACUGUAAUGGGACUGUAUAUAUGCAGAAAAGUGGGAGUGAUGGGGGCAGUGAUGAGGGGUGGGGUUCAGAACUGGGGAAGGUGGGGAAUUUCAUGUUCAGCAUGGUUAUGGGAUUUGUUCCAGCCUAUUCAGUAACUGAUGGAUUUCUAAACCACAAGAAUAUAUGAGUUUGAUUUAAAACAUAAGCUAGAAAAAUUAACAUUGUAGAGAGAGGGGCAAGGGACUGAGGCUGUAGAACCUUAGAGGUAGGAAUCAAUAUCUUAAUGGACAUAAAUAAAAAAGAGAGAUGGAUUAUAUAAUGAUCUAUACAUCAUGAAUUCUGCUGCUGAAUGGAGUUUUCAAGAAUUACAGUUAAUAAAGGUACUAAAAGAAAUCAAAUGGUGACUUGAAGAGGGAAUAAUUCAUAGAAACGCAGCAGGGUCAGGCCACUGUGCAAUAAAAAAAUGAUCUGGUUUUAUAUAUGUUUUGAUGGUUAAUGGGUUAAUUCAGAUUGAAAUGGCAAAUGAGGAAAAAGAAAGACAAAAACCCCAAAGAAUUUAGAGCUUAAACUGUACUUUAUUGGGAAACUUGAUUUCAUCAAGCAUGCAAAAGAUGACUGAGAGGAGCAGAAAGAGUAGGUUGAAAUAAGAAAGAAAGAGAGAAGGUGCAAAUUCAGAGACUGAAAAAUUAUGGUUAAAAUAGAAGGACAAAAGAAACAAUCCUAAAAUUAUAAAUGGCAGCUGGUGUAAAGAAAAAUAAUUUUUUAGGAAUAGCAGGAGGUGUGGUUUAGGUUUGCUCUUUGUUCUUGUUGCUGCUGUUAUUACCCUUAUUGUUAAAGAUAACAUUUGUUUCCCACACCAUCUCCACAUUAGCAGUGAUUUCUGGUGUUCUUUAUCUCGUCGCAUUACUUUGAUCUAUGUGUGGGAAUUUGUGAGUGAAAGAGUUUGGUCAUCAGUGGAGUAAAACCAAGAUUCAGUCAAUGCCUCUGUCAACUCGCAGGAUUAGGAAGGUGUGAACAGGAAUGUGCUACUGGCCCACUGAUGGAUCUUCCGUUCUUCCCCUACAAAGUAUUGUACAUGAAAUGUAGCACCUGGUAUGCUAAAGCUUGUUGUGUGAUUCCAAAGAACUCAUUUUAUACUCAGGUAGCAAGAGGAAAUAAAUAAUCUAAAAAACCCUGAUGAAUUCCCUUGUCUCGGUCUGAUUAGGGGGUGGAUUUGGUUCUCUCCCUUAUUCACAUGAUACAUUUCUGAAUGCCCAAUUUCGAGGCAUAUAGGGGACUACUUUUCUUUGCUACAGGCUAAUUUCUAUUGGCCAGGUCUAGCCUUGCAUUUAAGCAGAACCUCCCAUUCUGAAAAAAAUUCAUCUCUUUUGAUGCCCAAGCACUUCUAAAGGGCUCUGGAAAUCUGUCUUCUCUCUUCUCUUUCUGGUUACUUACCACUUUCACUUAGCAGAAACUCUUGGCAGAAGCCACACAUAAAAAUUAUUCCCUUGCUCAGAGAGCUUACUUACCAUACUUAAUAUUUAGUCCCAGCAGUCACACAGAUUAAUAACUAUUUGUUGGUGUGGGUUUUAAGACAUGUUUUUUCAUUUGUCUUGGAUUUAUAAUUGUCUGCCACUGUAUACAUUCACUUUUAGAAAGAUAAUAUAUAAUGGACUUCUAUAACUGAAUUUAAUAAACAUUAAGUUUAUAAUAUAUAGUAAAUAUAUUAUCCAUAUAUUUUCUUAUCAUAACAUUGACAAAAUAAUAUCACACCUAAAUCUCUUGCUGUAUGUGUCCAGCUACCUGACUAGAUUGACAGAAAGCCAUAUUUAUAAACAGAAAAACCUUAGGUGUCUAGAACUGAUGGUUUACAAGUUAUAAACAGUUAUAGCAAGAUAAGGUAAACUAAUAAAAUAAAUCUACAGGUAUUUUCUAGGUGGUCCUCAAUGAUUCAUAUUCUCAAAAGACAUUAACUGUAUGAUUAAACUGAAACAUUUCCUGUUUCUGUCAAAUGAAUGGAUUUUUUUUUAAACUAAAAGGUUCACAGGAGGAGCCUGAAGCUAACAGGUCCCAAAUUUUGGUCAAUAUUGUUUAAUACCUUUUCCUAAAUGUAUUCUAUAUAAUAAAAAUAAAGUAAC